AAACCAGCGGGUGACUCAAAACCGCGACCCGAAGACCCAAAACCGCGGCUCGAAUGGAUCGCCAUUCGCCACUAUAAAAAAACAGCAUAGCCGCCGGCUGGACGGCGAAGGGACCCGUGUAUUUGGUGUCGGCGGCGAACACGUGGCGCGCGUGUGGUGGGGGGAGGUGGAAUAUGGAUGACGUGGCGGCGUCUGAGGGGGGUCGGACGAGGAGGAGGAGGAGGGUGGUGGCGGUGGCGGUGGACGAGGGGGAGGAGAGCAUCUGCGCCCUCCGUUGGAGCCUCCGAAACAUUUGUGCGGCUGAGCGCGACGUUCUCGUCCUCCUCUACGCUCGGCCUCCGCCUCCCGUGUGCUCCGCGUUGGACGCUUCCGAAAAUGGGAGAGAUCAUCAUCUAUUUGGCACUGAAAUAGAUUUUACACCUAAUUUGCAAGAACCAGAGACAGGAUACAUAUUCUCUGAGGAGGUCACAGCUUCUAUUGACAAAUACAGCAGAGAUCUUGCAGAUUCUGUGAUGGAAAAAGCUAAGAAUAUUUGCAAAGCCUAUGAAAAUAUAAGAAUCGAGGAGAAGGUCGCGGUCGGGGACGCGAGAGAUGUGAUAUGUGAUAUGGUGGAUAAGCUGGGAGCUGAUCUUCUAGUCAUGGGAAGCCAUGGUUAUGGCUUCAUUAAAAGGGCUCUUCUUGGAAGCGUAAGUGAUUAUUGCAUACGAAAUGCAAAAUGCCCAGUUCUUAUCGUGAAGCGCCCAGUGGAAUGAUCUUGAACUUAAGUUUUACUGUGUUGUUAUUCAAUUGAAAGGCUAAAGUUUAGAGAUGUAGAACACUUUAUGUACAGCUGAAUUUUAUGACAAUGCAGUGAAAUUACAUUAAUCAUGUCGCAAUUAAUUUAGAUUUGUUAUCGUCUGACAAGUUGCGCUUUUUUGUUUGGAUUGAAAGCAUUAGCUGUACUGAGAUGUAUUCAGAUCGGUUUACAGCAAAAUUUGUGUCAAAGAAUAAGUUAAAAAGAGGAUAGUUAUGCUGUUCGUAGUGUUGUAA